AUGUCGCCAAUCAAGGCCCCGGUGAACCUGCCGGAGCUUGUCAAGGCAGCCUUCAGCAAGGCUCGCUCCAACGGCGACUUGACCUACUAUGCGACCCAGGUCACCGUGCUCAAUGCCAACUCGAUUCCCGUGAGUCUGCAUCGCCGUGCCUCACAUCCAGCUUCGAUUGACCCCGCUUGGCAGUUCCAGCUUCGGUUCUCACCCGCUUUAGCAAACAAGCCGACCGCACCGAGACUCAAGACCGAUGAACCACGCAAACACUUUGAUCCGUUCGAGAGCCCGGAGAAGGGCCCCUUGUUCAUUGUCGACCUUCCCGACUCGAGUCACAACCUGGUCCUGAACAAGUUUGCAGUGGUACCGGAACAUUUCAUCUUGGCUACCAAGGAGUUCAAGCAACAGACCCAUCUCCUCGAGCCUGAUGACUUGGCCGCAACUUAUGCCUGCAUUGAGGCAUACAGACAAUACGGAAAUCGCCACGAGGGAGGAGAUGGCGAGCUCUACGCAUUCUUCAAUAGCGGCCCGCAUUCGGGAGCAAGCCAGCCACAUCGCCACAUUCAGCUGCUGCCUGUUGCGCGAAUGAAGGAAGGGCUUCCCGAUGACUCGCAGUGGGAUGUGCUGGCAAAGCAGCUUGGCUCGUCCGACGUCUCUGGAGUACCAUUCUCGACCUUCGCAGACAAGAUACACUGCGACAUGACGCCCGAAGAGCUGCACUCCGUCUACUUGUCACUUUUCCAGUCUGCAGUCGACGCAGUCAAGGCACACAUGGGCACUGUGGACAACCCUGGCCAUGGCGAUGCCCCCAUCAGCUACAAUCUUGCCAUGACCAGCGACCGUCUGGUUGUCUUGCCUCGAUUGGCUGAAGGAGCGACGAUCCUACAAGACGGUGCAAUGGUAGGCAAACUCAACCUCAAUGGGACAGUCCUGGCUGGAACUGCUCUGGUCAAGAAUAAAGCCGAAUGGAACGCGCUCAAAGCGAAGAACGACAGCGUUCAACUGCUGGAAGUCCUAUCGAAAAUCGGUAUUCCCGCAGGUGGAAGACAAACCAGAAAAUUGUGA